AUGGUCAACCUAGGGAAUAGCGGGCUUUGCUGCAUCGGCUUAACACUGGCCCUUCACGGCAAAGUGCAUCUGCGGGGCUCCCAAGCCUAUAGCGACUCGGUGUCCUCCUACUACGCCCAGCAAGCAUCGUCGGUCCAGCCGCUAUGCAUCGUUAAACCAACACAGACCACCGACGUCGCCAACGCCAUCAAGCUCAUCUCCCUCGCCUCCCUCCUCCUACCCUCUGCCGACAAGGCCCAAUGCCACUUUGCCGUCCGGUCCGGCGGCCACGCCUCCAUCGGAAACGCCGCCAACAUCGCCAACGGCGUCACCAUCGACCUGAGCGGUCUCAAGACCAUCUCCGUCGCCAGCAACGGCGUCACCUCCGUCGGACCGGGCGCUACCUGGGACGAAGUCUACGAGGCCCUCGAGCCGGCCGGCCUUUCCGUCGCGGGAGGGCGUAACGCCGGCGUCGGCGUCGGCGGUCUCACCACCGGCGGCGGCAUCUCGUUCUUCUCGCCCCGCAAGGGCUGGACCGCCGACACGGUCACGAACUACGAGGUGGUCCUGGCCGACGGGAGGGUCGUCAACGCCAACAGCAAUGUGAACCCGGACCUGCACUGGGCGCUGCGUGGCGGCUCCAACAACUUUGGCGUCGUCACCCGCAUCGACUUGCAGGCUUUUGAGCAGGGCCAGCUGUGGGGAGGGAUGAGCUUUUAUGACGCCGACCAAACCAUCGAUGCGCACAUUGAGGCCUUGGCUGAGUUUAGCGAUGCGGCUACGUAUGAUGAGUAUUCGUCUCUUAUUACGAGCUUCGUUUUGCAGCCGGGCCAGCCUCCGGCUGUCGCUACGAAUCUCGAGUAUACCAAGCCGGUGGUGAAUCCCGCUUCUGUGCAGGGCAUCACCAGCAUCCCGUCGCUUUUCAGCUCUAUGCGCCUUGCUUCCAUGUCUGAGCUGGCUGAUGAGCUCGCAUCGCUGCAGCCAUACGGUCUUCGCCAACUUUCUGCCACGCUCACACACAAAGCCACCGUCCCCAUGCUCAACGCCACCUGGCAGCGGUGGUCCGACAGCGUGGCCUCGGUCCAGAGCAUCCCGGACCUGGCGUGGAGCCUGUCCCUCGAGCCUCUACCGCCGGCUAUCUACGCACAAGGGGGAGCCAACUCCAACGCGCUGGGCCUGGACGACCGGACCGACUCGCUCGUGGUCACCGUCCUUAACGCUGCGUGGGGUAGCGCCGCCGACGACGCGACUGUGAACGCGGCGGCGCGGAGUCUCAUUGACUCCUUGAUCAGCGAUGCGCAGGACCUGGACGCUUACGACCCGUUUAUCUACCUCAACUAUGCCGCUUCCUGGCAGGAUCCCAUCGCGAGCUAUGGCUCUGCCAAUGUGGCUCGCUUGCGACGGGUUCGGGCUCGGUAUGACCCGCUGAAGCUUUUCACUAAGAACGUCCCGGGCGGGUUCAAGCUUGGGGAUUAA